CGUUCUGCCUUCGGAGAGAACUACAUUCCCCACAACGCCCCGCGCGGCACCGGGCAUGCUCUCCGCCGCCUCUAGCAGCUUUUCCUCCGGUCUUCCUACAACUCCCACAAGACCCCUCGGCGCAGGCCCGCCUUGGCCCGGCCUAGGGUGGAGGCGGAGGCGGAGGCGCGGGAGUUAUGGAGGGGGCGGGCUCUGCAGGGAAGUGCGUCAGAGGAGGCGCGGGGAGAGUAGGGUGCUGUGGUCGGAGCUGGAGGGCGAAGCCGGUGGAGUGAGAGGAUGGGCGUAUGCAGGUGAUAGACUAGAGGCCAAGACUUCUGUCUCCGUAGCAUCCUGGAGCAGUCUGAAUGCCAGAAUGGAUAACCGUUUUGCUACAGCAUUUGUGAUUGCUUGUGUGCUUAGCCUCAUUUCCACCAUCUACAUGGCAGCCUCCAUAGGCACAGACUUCUGGUAUGAAUAUCGAAGUCCUGUUCAAGAGAAUUCAAGUGAUUCGAAUAAAAUGGCCUGGAGCGAGUUUCUUGGUGAUGAGGCAGAUGAAAAGACUUAUAAUGAUGCACUGUUCCGAUAUAAUGGCACAUUGGGAUUGUGGAGACGGUGUAUCACCAUACCCCAAAACACACAUUGGUAUGCUCCACCAGAAAGGACAGAGUCAUUUGACAUGGUUACAAAAUGCAUGAGUUUCACACUAAAUGAACAGUUCAUGGAGAAAUACGUUGAUCCUGGAAACCACAAUAGUGGAAUUGAUCUGCUUCGGACCUAUCUCUGGCGUUGCCAGUUCCUCUUACCUUUCGUUAGCUUGGGUUUGAUGUGCUUCGGGGCUCUGAUUGGACUCUGUGCCUGCAUCUGCCGCAGCCUGUACCCCACCAUCGCCACGGGCAUCCUCCAUCUCCUCGCAGGUCUGUGCACACUGGGCUCUGUAAGUUGUUACGUUGCUGGCAUUGAACUGCUACACCAGAAACUAGGGCUGCCGGAGAAUGUAUCCGGAGAGUUUGGAUGGUCCUUCUGCCUGGCCUGCGUCUCGGCUCCCUUGCAGUUCAUGGCGUCUGCUCUCUUCAUCUGGGCUGCCCACACCAACCGGAAAGAGUACACCUUAAUGAAGGCCUAUCGAGUGGCGUGAAUGGGCAGCUGCCUGCUUGACGAUGCUGUUUUUAAUAUUUUUUAACUGUUGAGGUUUUCCCUUGUCUUCCUCUCAAUUGUCUUUAAUUUUUAUUUUUGUGGAUAUGCCAUUUUAUCCUAAAAGUCCCUUUUAUUUAUAUACAGUGCCACUAAAUCCACAGUAAAUCCCACUUAAGAAGUGUGUGGCUUACUUUGAGUGCUUCAGGCUUUUUACCAGACUGAUCUAGGUUGAGAAGGAACUGGAGAGAUGUGACCCAACUCUGUGAAAGAACGUUGGCAGUGGAAAAUUGACCCAGAACAGUGUCUGCUGAUGUCUGCUAAAUCCAGGAGUGUAGAAACUAAUUUCUGUAUGAGAUCUCUUAUCACUGUCAAAACUUCAAGUUUACUUUCCUCUUGUUGAUACCGAUCAGCUAGCAGAACCAGUGUUCCUGAAGAUGUGUGCACAUGAAAUUGAGAAAUUAUUUUUAGCAUUCUUGUCCCUAAACUUUGGUACAUUGCUUCAUCUGAGGUAAAAUAUGGCAGCUGUUUAUACUGUGAUUGUCUACAGGAAAAAAAAAAAAGUGAAAAAUGAUGUUUACUUGAAAUUGUAGCUUUUAACUGCAAAAUUUCAAUUCAAUGAAAAAAGCUGAUUAAUCUUACAUUAUACUAUUUUUUUUUUUUUAAAACUGAAACUCAUGAGGAUUUUCAUUGUUACCAAACCAUUGUGAAUUUUUGCUGCUUCCCCUCCACACACCGGGCUUAUUAAAAGAGUACUUUCUUUUAAACAGAGCAUUCGAAGAAUCACAAUCAAUUCCCCAGUUGCUCUUUUCCAGCUAAGUACUAUAUGGGAGGUCCUACCAAUAGUGACCCUCAGAACCGGGGGUUCCACCACCACAAGAUCUAAAGCUGUGGCUACCCACUAACUUCUAACUGUGGUCUUUAUUUCUUGUGGUGAAAUGACGUGCCUUUCCUUGCCCAAAUCCCUUCCUGGUGUGUAUCAACAUUAUUUAAUGUCUUGUAAUUCAGUCAUUUUUUAUAAUAUGUCUGUAAACAUUGAACUUUAAAAAUCUUAUUUAUUUACUCCAUUAUUGUAGCACUUCACAGGUUAAAAAAAAAUGGAACUCAGUAAUUUCUUACCAAAUCCUAAAUCUGUCUUUUUUUAAAAAAUAAAAAAAGAGAAUCGUG